GUAGUCGAUUAUAUCGAUUCACAAUUUUGAGUCAAUACAUUUGGAAAUUAUCAUCCGUAUUCGUAGAACGAUGCACACUAUCUUUAGGCACCGAACAUUUGCAAAGUCAUAACACUUUACUUCUUACAACAGAACAUUAGCAAGAUGAGUGAAAUGAUGGUUUAUAUAAAUGACGGCGCGUGUCAUCGUUACGUGUCUAAUACAGUCAAUAUACAGAAACGGAAUUUGAUGGUCAUCGCCAAGUUGGACAAUGGAUUUUUCUAUCCGGGCCAUGUCAUCCAACAGUGGGGCAAACCGGAAGAAGCAGAAGUAAAUUUCUACCAGUGGGGUAGGAGGCGUGUUCACCGGAACAACGUUAUUUCCAUUGGCGGAGCUGUGUCCUGCCCGCCGCUACAUGUUUGGGACUACGUUUUGACGCGGAUGAGAGUAAUGGGACCGAGGGGUAUGUAUAUGCAGUAUAUGCCGGGCCGAGUCUGCUACGUGCCUCGUCUUCCGCCCCUCGAACACAGAUUCUACUCCGUUAGACUUUACAAUGGCAAAGUCGUGGAGAAGAAGCGAAAAUUGCUGGUAAAGAUCGGCAAGUCCCGCUACCUUGGAAUACUUAGCUGUAUCGGACUUGACGAUUGCCUGCGGGAAAGACGCAAAGAAGAUAAAUCAUUGGUUUUCCUAAAUGAUGAUGAUGAUGAUGAUGAUGAUGAUGAUGACGAUGAUGAUGACGAUGAUGAUGACGAUAACGACAGUUGCAGCAAAAAAGAUAAAAAUGAUAGGGAUGAUGUUGAUAGUGAUUCUAUAAAGAAAAAACAAAACGAACGAAAGAGAAAAAAAGACGCCAACGACAGAGGCAGAAAAAAAGAGAAGGAAAGAAGACAAAGAUCCAGGGAAAAAGAAAACACAAGGCACGUGACGAAGAAAGAUGAAAGUCUUGAACGUAAACCAGAAACAGAAAAACACUGUAGCACCACCAAGAUUGAAAAGGAAAUCCAGACUAUUGGUAACAGAAUUGAUCAGAACGGAGACAAAAUUGGACAAGAGAUCCAGACGUCUUCGAUCCAGAUUUCUGAGCAUUUAAUUGCACUUGAGCGACAAAUGAAAAAGAAAACCGAAAACAAUAAAGUGAACAUGCAGAUAAUCGAUGCGAAAAUCAAUAAAGUUGGUGUGAAAGUGAGAAAGGAAAUACACGCCACUAGUAAAAAAAUUGUAAAAGAAAUUACAGCUAUCGGCAAGAUAUGUAGCGAUAAAAAGACCCCGUUUAUUCCACCACCACCACCACCACCAUCACCACCAGUUGCUGUUGGUCUUAAAGUAGGCGAUGAGGUAUUGGCAAAGUGGGCGGAUGAUGGCUGGUAUUACUUUGGACAAGUAGUAAGGAGGAGUGCACACGGAUUUGUUUGGGUGAAAGAUAGCUGUGGUCAUAUGGAGGAAAUCGGCCGUGAUUCUAUUCUUACGGAAGAGGAUCGAAUACAACCGCCAAUGAAGAAUAAAGAUUAUGUUAUAGCGCCUUUGCCUCGUUACAUAGAUAGUUUUGGCCCGGGCAAAAUUAUUAACGGAGCCAGCGAAAUUGAAUUCUUUAACGUGGACAUCGUGAACGUGCGACGUGACAUGUAUAUCUAUAAGAUUACCAAAGAAAAAUACGAAAGAGAUAUCAAAGACAUUAAGGAACGAGAGGAAGAUAUGCAGGGUAAAGAAGUCCUCGUGCUUAACAAGGAUACUGGACGAUUUAUACUGACCACGAUAGAAAACCCUUUGGGCAAGGAAACAUUUAAAACCGCUCAAGGCCGUGAGGAACCUGGAAAAUUUAUUUUGCCACAAAAGCAAAUCUCUGUUUCGGACGCGGCCAGAAAGAAGUGGAAGUACGUGCUUGCUCCAGUUGAGGAUGAAACGUACUACCUGCCAGCAAGGGUAAACUGGUCCACAAACAACAGGAAACCGAGUAUCACGUAUUGCAAUGGCACCAGGGAAACAACCGUUGAUAUUAACGACUGUUACUAUCUCAACGAGAAGUUAUACAACCUCGGUGCCGACCUUCACAAGAGGAAUGAGCAAAAUAUACCCUUUUAAAUAUGCUGGGAAGAAUUAUACUCUUGGCCUUUAUUACAGACUAAACUAUGAUGCUUGAUACCUGUAUAUACAUGUACAGUAUAUAUCAGACUGGUUAAUGAUUUAUUUCGUCAAACGCCAUGUUUUUUCUUUCGUUUGAUAUCUUUUUUAGUUGACAUUGCGAAAACAACAGGUAUAAAAAUAUACAAGGUCAUGUAUAUUAUGCUGAAAGGAUUCAAUAUCAGGUUUUCUGAUUUCUAUUAUUUCUGUGUGUAUUUUAGUACGAUUUUUUGUGAGCUACCCCAUGUAAAGCAUGUAUCUACAUGCGUUGAUACGCACAUUUUCUAGUCAUAUUAAGAAUACCACCCUUCUCAUUUCUUUUCUUCUUUUAUUCUUGUUUUAAUUGUAUUUCUUGACAAUAUACUACUGCACGAAUAUUAUACACAAAGUUAUUAAUCUUUUUUUUUUCUUUUUUUUUGUUGGGGGGGGGGGCUGUAUGAAGAAACACUUUUUGAUUAUUUUUUUCAAGAACUGCUUUUCAAAUAGUACCAAUGAAGAUACAAUAUUAAAAAGUUGCUUAAGUUGCUCCAAUGGCCAUUGUAGCUAUACAACUAGUUAUCAUUUAACAAUGUAACAGGUGUUUUGUACUGUUUUGGGAUGCUGUCCCAGUUUAUUUAGGUAUCGACAUUUAAAAUUUAUUUCAACCUUUCAAUUUGUGAAAUUUCAGCGUAGGAAAUCAUGGCGUUGGUGUUGCUAAAAGACAAUACAAUAUAUUAAUAGUGACAAUGAAUGUAUUGUUCUUUGCCUCGGUUUGUAACCUUUACAAUAUGUCUUUUAAAGAAUAGCUUUAUUUUGUUUGACAGACAUGCAUGCAUCGUCGUCAAUCACGGUACAAAAUUUCGUUCUACGUCAUAACAAAGCAUAGCGUAGUAUUUAGUGUAACGGGGUAUCCGACGAUGACAUACAUGUAGCAGAAAUGUGUCUAUUACCCUUGUUGUUUAUUUUCGUUUUUGUGCGCCUUUUAACAAAACGCAUUUUAAACUACAAUGCAUAUUUUAUUUCAUAGUGUUGUUGUUUUAUUUGGAAGUUUAUUUAUUUAUUGUUUUGUUUGCAUUUGUAGAUCGUUUGGAUCUUAAUAAUCCUUGUACGCAUGUUGCCUAUGUAUACUUGGCUAUAACUUGUUAUGGUAACGAGUGUUAAAGAUUAUUAUUAGAAACAGCAAUAAUUUAUGUCACAAAAAACAUAAUGUGUGUGUGUUUGUGUGUGCGUGCGUGCGUGCGUGCGUGCGUGUCUGUGUGCGCGCACUCUUAGCAGUACGUUUGUUGGGGCCAUAUAUACCAAUGUAUGAGUCUAUGUACGAGACUCAAGACUUUACACUGAAUCAAAUCAAUCUUGUAGUAAAAUCCCUAAUACAAGAGCAUUUAUGAGAAACAUUGCUGUGUAAGUAAGAAAUAACUUGUUUUACAAUCUGGCAUACAUCUGUUGUAAAUUAAUUUGAUAUCCAAGACAUGUUGGAACAUAUAAGAAUUCUCUUUUUUCUUAGCCCGAGUCUCAAACUCGGGUACACGGGACGUAACAGAAUACGGGCCCAGAUAUCUAACCCUGGUUUACAUGUAUUAUUUCGGAGCGUUGCUUGUGCCAUUGCGUUCCUGCUAGACACUGUUAGAUAUUUAAAUUUGUGCCACUAAAAAUGUCAUAUUUAAAUAAUUUAUUACUGGACUUGUCUGUGUUGUUUCCGUUACAUUAUUGGUUCAAACACAAGGUUAUCUCUGUUAAUGUGCUUGCGUUACUGUCAUACUGUUCUGUAAUAUGUUUUAUAUGCAACGAUUUGAUAAUUGCAGAAUAACAAUAUUAAUAAA